AUGGACAGCAACGAUAAUACGACGUCUGCAUCAAGCGCGUCUAAUAUUUUUCACCUCUACCAGGAAGGACAUGGGCAUGAUCAAGUCCUACAACUCUGUUUUUUGAGGCGCCGUACUCCACGUCAUUUUCGUCUUGAUCGCACUCGGAUCGAGGAUGAGUUUAUUCUGCCACGACCAGAGUUAAAGAUCGCGAGCCUGUUACCACCAGUUCAUAUUUCAUUGAAUCAGCUCAUAAUGUUUGAUUCAUCGUCUUCAUCAUCCAUCCAUAGCGUAACUGAGCACCGUGAAAUUAAUUUUGCACUAGAUCAAGUACGAGAGAGUGCAAAAAGGCACUUUUUCAACCCACGACAAGUUGCACUUGAAGAUGUGGCCCGGUGGGCUGCGUUGACCGAGAGUGACUGGCUUUCUAUCUACCAAAGUAUACAGCAAUCCAUGCAGCAACCAGGACAGGACGAAGAGAUGACGGAUCUCUCUGCUGCACGGGUGCCGGAUAUUAUCGACAUUUGCUGGUUGCUGGAGCAUUGUCAGAGUGAUGCCUUUGCUAGUUUCGUAUGGAACCAUUUGUUGCUCGUAAUCUUGCAAACGUGUAUGGCCUCAGACUCUUUGAUGCACCAGGUGCUGACCUUGCUAGUCAGUCAUCGCUCGCUGGCCUCACUCAGCCCUAAAGACUUUCGUGCCAAGGUGCGAUCUCGAAAUCUACGACAAGCCGGUGAUUUUAUCGGGGCAAAGGCGGAGCUUGCUCUUGUAGGAAUCUAUCGAAGACAGCGCGAUCGUGAUAUAAAAAAAUGCGCUGCUGCUGCUGCGACAGACAAGCCCAGUUUUGCCCCAGGUAAAGGCAAAUUUAAGCUGCGUACUUCCACAAGUCCCUUGCCGCUAGUGACGAAGAAACAAUUAAACUGGGAGAAACAGUCAACAGCCAAGUUUCAUGCGGUCGCAGGAGCAGGCAAAACAUCUACAGAGAAACCAAGUAAUACAAAACCCAGUAUCUUUGCAACCAACAGCUUCAUCCGUCCAUCAAAGAAGGAUGAGGUGCCAAAAAAGAGCUCAGGGUUUAGUUUCAUGAAAUUUCAGUCCAAGUCAAGAGACCUUGGACAAUUGAGUGAUAAGUCUUCCGCAAAGGCGACGCCAUUAACACUUGCAAGCACCAGACCAUUACUGAGCAAGAUUUCUACCAAGGAACCGGCAACAAAGACCAAGUGCACUACAAAUGAAGCUAAUAACGCGCCGGUGUUCAAGCUGCCAACGAAAAAGGGAUCGCUGUUUUCCUUUCGAGCAGGAACCAUGUCCUCCUCCACGAAAAAGCGAAAGACAGCAGAGUCGCUUGCUCACAAGGACGAGAAGGCUGUAGUUUUCUACAAGAAGAGACAUUCUGGGGCGCGAGGUGAAAAGGCAGGACCGAAGGAUGGCAUUCGAAGUACCGUACCUUAUAGUAUUAAAAUUGGUGAGAUGGGCAUGAAGAAAGACGAUGGGGCCGUGUUGAAAAAGCGAGGGUUGCUAGUGGAUUCAGUGAUAGCGGGCCGAGCGCUGAAACAAAUCAAACGCGUACCGGCAGCAGCACUGCAUCCACCUCAGCAUACCGGAAUGAUUAAGUCAGGGAGUUUAUUGGGACGUCCAUUUCAAAGCAAUCAAGACCCGAAUGUGUCUAUACAACGUAAAUGUAUGCUGAAUCCAAAAGAAACACCCAUAGGGUCUGCCGCUGAUCCUGUAAACAACGUGCUGUCGAGUGCUGAGGCUCCUCUGUCUCCUGGCGAGUGUGAGAUUGAGGAAGAACUUGCGGUGAAGCUCUUAUGCACAGCGGACGACGAUAAGGAAGAAAAGUUUCUUGUCAGAGCAGCCGCUAUCCAGGAAUUCGCAGACCGUGUGGGGCUCGAGCAGAAGCAGAUUCGCAACCGUCUACUUGACGCCCAUGCCGAUAUCAGUGAAAGCCUGCUUGAUGCACUAACUGACCUCAUGGCAGAAGAGGGAGGCAUUGGGAUUGAUAAACUCGACUUUAACAUGAACGUUGAUGUCAACGUUGACGACGCCUUCUUGCAAGACGACGCAAUACAGAUUUUUCAGUAG